CGGCCAGAUCAGUGGCCAGAGUGCAAGGACGGGGGGGACACUGAUUCACAGCCCACGAAGUGCUGCUAAGUAGGGCAGAGGACGGACCGAUUGCGUUGGUGCCGCAGCUCCCCGCGCUUCUCCCUCCCGCUGCUCCUCUCAACCCCCAAGCUAUUCCCCCUGUCCCGUAUUAAAUGCCUCCUUUCUUCUCCUACACCACCCUCCCCUACCAGCUCAUGGAGGGCCCUUACCCCAUGCGCGAGUUCUCAGAGUAUUUGGUGGAGCUAACUGACGUGGAGCCGCUGCCCUUCGCCGACGAAGACGCGUGGGAGUUGCACCGUGCGCUGUACAAGUCGGUGGCGCUAGGGAUGUUCCGGUUCUUCGUGGAUCACGAAGACCAUGCUAUCGGGGAGCACUUUGUCGUUUACUACGUCAUCUCACGGCCCAAGCCAGCGGAGAAGGAAGGGACGGUGGCGCUGUACCCCUUCGCCCAGCUCCAGACGAUCGAUCCGGGAUUGUUGGAGCUCAUACACCUCGAGCUCCUCUCCAUUGUGCAAGUGAUCGCGAGCGAGGAGGAGGAGAUCCAACCACAAUUGCGGACAACGACGACCCCGCGGAGGACGUACAACGUGGUCGUCAUCCCAGAUUUCAUUGCGCAGCGGGCGGAGAGGUUGGAGGACUUCCCGGAGGAAAGGCCGUUGCGGCCUCCCUCGUCGUAUCCUCGACCAGCGCCACCAAAGGCCCCUAAGAAGACGCCGAAGAGGAAGAGACGCCACCCAUCGCCAGGAGCGCAAGGCAGCAGGAUCGGCGGCGGCGAGGAGGUGAUUCAGCCUGCGCGACUGCGGAUUCCUGACCCUGUGCCUGGGAGUGCGGCGACGCUCGUUAAGGAGACUAUCGUGCCAUCGCCACCCAUUCCGCGUAUGCCCGAUCUCAAUCUUGAUGGAGCCGGGCCAUCAUCAUCAGCAGCAGCCGGAGGAGGAAGGCGAAUGGGAUUUCCGGAUCCCAUAUCCAGACCCCCCGUCCUCACGGGACCUCUCCGUUCCCGCCAGCCACCCCGGGGUGCCCCGGUCAUUGACAUUAGUAGUUCAUCCGAGCCGGACGGUCCAUCCGACCGAGGUGGACUUCAUGGUGGAGCCCGCCACCAUCAGGCUCGAGGCCAUCGCGGGGGCGCCGCGCCCUGAUCCGGCAGGGGAGCCAUAUCUGACACCCCCUUUCCAAGGAUGUAUUGCGGUGCGAUUGGCUGGGACGCU